AUACUCAGCCAGCCACGUGCUCGCUACUUCCGGCGGCGCCGCGGGGCGUGCUGGGUACUGGCAAGAUGGAGGCGCAGGAGCUGUUCCGGCGGCUGGGCGCCGGUGCUCGCUUUGAUGUGCGGCGCUUCGGGCAAGACGCGCGGCGGUUCGGGGUGAUAAAAGGGAGCGGCGGUGGCGGCUCCCUGGAGAGCCUCGACUUCUUCGGGCACAAGGAGGAACCCUCCCUGGGGUCUGACAAAAAGGGCUGGGGGCUCGCAGGGGCUGAAGAGGGAAAGGACGGAGAGCAGCGGGAGAAUGGAGUGGGAACAAACCAUGGAGAGAUGGCAGGAAAGAGAAAAAGAGCUGCAGAAAGCAGCCAAGGGAAAAGAAAGAAGAAAAAGAAGCGAGAAGCAGCAUCAGUGCCAGAGUUGUCAGAGAAUAAUGGGAUAAAGUGGAUGUCCUCUCUGGAAGCAAAAUUUGAAGAUGCAAAAGACAAAAAACCUACUGCAGAAAAACUUGAACGCUUGAGAAGGGAAAAGAUAAACCGCUUCAGAAAUAAACACAGGAUUAACAUUCAAGGAACAGAUCUUCCUGACCCAAUUGCCACAUUUGAUCAACUUCAAAAGGAAUACAAAAUCCACCCUAAAAUCAUGGAGAACAUUCAAGCCGCUGGCUUCCAGGUUCCAACGCCGAUCCAGAUGCAGGCGAUUCCCGUCAUGCUGCACGGUCGGGAACUUUUAGCUUCAGCUCCUACUGGAUCUGGAAAAACAUUGGCAUUUUGUAUUCCUCUCUUGGCACAUCUGAAACAACCCAGGAACAAAGGAUUCAGGGCAGUGAUCAUCUCACCUACCCGGGAACUCGCGAGCCAGACGCAUCGGGAGCUGGUGAAGUUGGCUGAGGGCACCGGCUUCAGAAUCCAUAUGAUCCACAAGGCAGCUGAAGCAGCCAAGAAGUUUGGGCCCAAGUCUUCUAAGAAAUUCGAUAUACUAGUUACUACUCCAAACAGACUCAUUUAUUUGCUGAAGCAGGAUCCUCCAGCAAUAGACUUGACCAGUGUGGAGUGGCUGGUGGUGGAUGAGUCAGACAAGCUGUUUGAGGAUGGGAAGUCGGGGUUCCGCGAUCAGCUGGCCUCCGUCUUCCUGGCCUGCACGUCCCACCUGGUGAGAAGAGCCUUGUUCAGCGCAACCUUUGCGCAGGACGUGGAGGAGUGGUGCAAACUCAACCUCGACAGCGUCGUGCUGGUGUCUGUUGGAGCGAGAAACUCUGCAGCAGAGACGGUAGAGCAAGAGCUGUUGUUUGUUGGAUCUGAGACAGGAAAACUAACGGCAAUGAGAGAGCUUGUUAAAAAGGGAUUUGCUCCUCCCGUCCUUGUGUUUGUACAGUCUAUUGAGAGGGCUAAAGAGCUUUUCCAUGAACUCAUUUAUGAAGGCAUCAACGUGGAUGUCAUCCAUGCAGAUAAAACUCAGCAACAGAGAGAUAACGUAGUACGCUGUUUCAGAGCUGGGAAGAUCUGGGUGCUCAUCUGCUCAGCCUUACUAGCUCGAGGGAUCGACUUCAAAGGAGUGAAUAUGGUCAUUAAUUAUGAUUUGCCAACGAGUGCAGUGGAAUACAUCCACAGGAUAGGUCGUACUGGAAGAGCGGGGCACGCAGGAAAAGCCGUCACUUUCUUUACAGAAGAUGAUAAACCUUUGUUACGGAGCAUAGCCAGUGUCAUCCAGCGAGCCGGCUGUCCUGUGCCAGACUACAUCAAACACCUCCCCAGGCUGCAAAGCAAACAAAAGAAGAAAUUCAUUAAGAAACCACUGACAAGAGAAUCCAUUUGUACCACCCCUCAGUGCUUCUUAAAAAAAGCCAAAAGAAAAAUGAAAACUUCAAAGGAAAAUAUUAAGGACAAAAAGAAAGUUAAAGAAGAUAAAAAUGGCAGUAAAUUACAGACUGUGUGAAAAGCUGAACGGAUGGCAAGAGGCCGCUCGUGAGCGGGGGCUGACACGCGUGUCCGUGCUGGAGAGCAGAGUGACGGCAGCAGCAAAGGUGAAGGGAGAAAAAGAUUUCUUAGGUUUCCUCUGGGUGAGGAUGGAUGUUCACAUGCAACAAAGUCUCUACUGAAAUACCAGUGGUGGAUUCCUGAAUGCUUCUUAUAGGAGCUGAAGAGUGUUCUCUUGCAGUAAAUGCUUCAUGGUUCUGAACAAUAGUUCUAAAAUAGCAUCUGUUUGUGUUGCUACCACACAGUUUUGUAUCGCUCCUUGGCAUUACUGUCAGGUCUGUGUUCACGUCAUCCCUAAUAUGUUUGUCAGACUUCCAGAAGAUUCAGUGGCAGAAAACACACAAAUCUUACUGUGAGGCUUCCCUGGAGAACUUUAAAAAAACAAACCAACCCCUCUUGCAUAUGAAAGUAAAGCCUUAUUCCUUCUACUGUUUUGCUUCCAUAAAAUAAUUUUGGGAUAACUAAUACUUCACAUGUCUGUAAACUCAGUAAAUUUGUACUGUUUCAUAUUUAAGCCUCAAACCAGAAUAAACAAGGUCAUAAAAGAUGCUAA